CUGCAAAACUUGCGAGCAUUCUCUCCUCGUAGGUUUUCUUCUUCCUCAUCUUCAUCUCUCCGAUUUCUCACUUUAUCGUCAUUUCUCUCUCUCUCUCUCUCUCUCUCUCUUAUUUUUCUUUUUUCUUUUCUUUUUUUUUUUUUUGUUUUUCUCAUAAACUGUUUUUCUUAGAAACUAAAAUAGAAAGAAUAUGAAAAUCGUAUGACUGAGUUAAUGAAAUCAAGCAGUUAAUAGCUAAAGUGUGAUUGUAUAUUUGUAUGCAGAAUCGAUGAAAUAUUUGUUGAUAUUGAUAUCUGAAACUUGACUAAUUAUUUGCUGUUGGAUUUGGGAAAAGAGGAGAAGUGAUGAGGGUUUUGUUUACGUAUAUGAUCUCGUCGAAUGUAGAGUGUAGAAGACCUUAGUUACGAUGGGGCUUGAUGAAUUUUUAGGCUAGAUGAAUGUAGAGGAAUAAAAAUGUGGAGUACGAAUUUUAGUAAGAAGUAAGAGGCAUAUUAUCCUUAACAAAGUUUUCAACUUUAUUUUACUGCUUAUAGUCAUGAAUGUUUCACCACGUUCCUUAAUUAAAUUUCUAUGCUUAGGGGGUUUUCGGGAGGGUUCUGUAGGUUUCUAUUUUUUUUUCUUUUUUUCUUUUUUUUUUUUUUUUGGGGGGGGGGGGGGGUCUUCUUCCUAUAUUUGAUUUGCACUUUGCAGAAUGAUUCUUGGUUUUUGUAUACACAAUUUAUGCUAUAUUUGAGCAUUGUCUAGUCUUUCACAGUUUUUAACUGUUUCAUUCAUCUGUUUUGUGUUACCGUCGUGGUGUGUGUGCUUGAAUGUGACAGCAUAUAAUGAAAUCAUUGUAUCAAUUGUUCAGAUUGAAAUUGAGAAGUACAAUGAAUGUUUACAAAUUUAAAUGUGUUUAACAUCAGCAUUACUUGGCACUUUUUGAAUUUAUGUGAAAUUCUGAUUGAUUUUUACGUAGCUUCUCAGUCUAUGUCCUGCCGUGAAGGAUUUUCUCUCAUACUGAAAGAAUACGAUGCUAGCAAUUCGCCUGGUCAGCAACAUGUCUUUGAAAAAACAUAUGAUUAUGUAGGUUUGUAGAGUAUGAAAUUGGUUUAAUAGCUGUCUGUCGAUGGUUCGGGAGAAGGAUAUUUGCUGGGAAUAUGCUGAUAGGUUGGAAGGAAAUAAGGUAAGAUGCAAAUUCUGUGACAGAAUUCUUAAUGGUGGCAUCAGCAGGUUGAAACAUCAUUUAUCCAGACUUCCGAGUAAAGGUGUAAAUCCAUGCACAAAAGUAAGAGAUGAUGUGACCGAUAAGGUAAGGGAAAUCAUUGCAUCAAAGGAGGAUAGUAAGGAAACUUCGACUGUUAAGAAGCAGAAGUUGCCUGAAUUUAAAUCUCCUCUUGCUGUAAGCAUUUCCACGGGAAAGGCUCUAAUGGCUGUGGAAGCAGCACCUGUAACUGGAAAAGUCUUCUCAUCCACCAUACUACCGGCUUCCACUUCCAGAAGUGACCAUGAACAUGCAGAGAGAAGUAUAGCUCUCUUCUUCUUUGAAAAUAGGUUGGACUUCAGCGUAGCUCGUUCUUCAUCAUAUCAGCAGAUGAUUGAUGCAGUGAGAAAGUGUGGUAUUGGAUUUGCAGGACCAUCUGCUGAUACUUUGAAGACGACAUGGUUGGAAAAUAUCAAGUCUGAAGUGAGUUUACAAUCAAAAGAUAUUGAAAGAGAAUGGGCUAUGACUGGCUGCACUAUCAUUGCAGAAACAUGGACAGACAACAAAUCAAGGGCUCUAAUCAAUUUCUUAGUUUCAUCCCCUUCAAGAACCUUCUUCCACAAAUCAGUUGAUGCAUCUUCGUAUUAUAAAAAUAUAAAGUACCUCUCUGAUUUGUUCGACUCGAUCAUUCAAGAUUUUGGUCCCGAGAAUGUAGUUCAAGUUAUCAUAGAUAAUGAGCUCAACUGCCCGGGCCUAGCAAACCAUAUCCUGCAGAACUAUGGCUCUAUUUUUGUCACCCCUUGUGCUUCACAAUGCAUGAAUGGGAUUUUGGAGGAAUUCUGUAAUGUAGACUGGGUUAAUAGGUGUAUUUUACAGGCUCAAGUUGUUUCGAAGUAUAUAUACAAUAAUUCGUCGAUGCUUGUCAUGAUGAGAAAGUUUACAGGAGGACACGACAUCAUUAGGAGCGGCAUUACCAAGUCUGUGUCCAAUUUUCUUUCCUUACAAUCUAUGUUGAAACAGAAGUCAAGAUUGAAACAUAUGUUCAAUAGUCCAGAAUUUUCAACAAGUUCAGCUUUAUCAAACAAGCCUCAGGCAGUAACUUGUGUUGGAAUUCUUGAUGAUAAUGAAUUUUGGAGAGCAGCAGAAGAAAGUGUUGCUGUAUCCGAGCCAUUUUUGAAAGUUAUGAGGGAAGUGUCGGGAGGGAAACCUGCAGUGGGGUUCAUUUAUGAAUUGAUGACUAGAGCAAAAGAGUCUAUUCGGACAUACUAUAUUAUGGAUGAGAUCAAAUGCAAGACUUUUUUGGAUAUUGUAGAUAAACACUGGCAAAACAACCUUCACUCUCCUCUACAUUCUGCGGCAGCUUUUCUGAACCCUAGCAUCCAGUAUAAUCCAGAGAUUAAAUUUUUUCCAGCCAUCAAGGAAGACUUCUACACAGUUCUGGAGAAGCUUCUUCCCACACCUGAUCAUAGGCAUGAUUUAACCAACCAGAUUCUGCUAUUUUCAAGAGGGAAGGGGAUGUUUGGCUGCAACCUUGCUAAGGAGGCCAUUGAUAGCGUUUCACCUGGCAUUUGGUGGGAACAAUUUGGCGAUGCAGCUCCGACGCUGCAACGGGUGGCGAUUCGAGUACUGAGCCAAGUGUGCAGCACUUCCACCUCCGAGAGGCAGUGGAGCACAUUUCAACAAAUCCAUUCAGAGAAGCGCAACAAGAUUGAUAAGGAAACGCUCAACGACCUACUUUACAUAUAUUACAACCUCAAGCUAGACAAAUCCUUGAAACCGACUUCUUCAGAAGCAGACUCCCUUCAACUGGACGACAUCGACAUGACUUCAGAAUGGGUUGAAGAAACCGAGAACCCGAGCCCAGUUCAGUGGCUCGACCGCUUUGGUUCUGCUCUCGAAGGUGGAGAUCUCAAUACAAGGCACUUUAAUACUUCUAUAUUUGGUAGCGACCACAUAUUCAAUUUGUAACCUGGCAGGCCGGCGACAUUGUAUCUUAGCUUGUAAUCCACAAUGAAUUACUAUGUAGUUGUACACAAGAAGAUGUUGGCUGUAUAAUUAUAUGCAUCAUGAAUGGAUAAAUAAUGCACUAGACUGAUGUUGGAAUCAA